CAUCUUGUGGUUGUCUUAUAACUCAUUAUCAUUGAACUUCACCUCUCGUUGGACUCCUCCCUUCCAAUUGCAUGAACUUUAUGCAGAUUCCUGCAACGUUGGACCUGCUUUUCCAAAAUUGCUUCGAACAUCCACAAAUAUGCGGUAUCUAUAUCUUUCUAAUGCGGGUAUUAGUGAUACAAUACCGCAGUGGUUUGAGAGCAUCUCCUCUCAUAUUAGUUACAUGGAUUUGUCAUACAACCAGAUCGGUGGAAGUCUGCCACGAUUUGAUGGCUAUAGUAGCAACUUAGAAGCCAGGUACCUGAUCCUGAACACAAACAAAUUUGAGGGAUCUUUUGCUUCAUUCCCUGCAAAUGUAAAGGUGUUAGAUCUAUCUGAUAACUUACUCUCAGGACUUGUUCCACACACCGAUGAAACGAUGAACCCACGUUUAGAAUCUGUGAAUCUUUCAAAAAACCGUUUUACAGGAAGCUUUCCUGUGCACUUUUGCAAGAUUCUUAGUCUUGGAGUUCUAGAUUUAUCACACAAUAAGUUUUCUGGGGGUCUUCCUGGAUGCUUAGGGAACUUAAAUUAUUUACGGGUGUUAGAUCUUACAAAUAACACCCUAACGGGUACUAUUCCGAAAUCAUUGGGAAAUCUAAAAGAUCUGUGGUCAUUGCACUUGGCCAACAACAUAUUUGUGGGGUAUCUUCCAGAAUCUUUACAAAGUUUAAUAGGGUUGGUUACCAUGGAUUUAGGGAAUAAUCUAUUUGAUGGUAGUAUUCCUCUAUGGAUAGGAGAAAAGCUGUUGAAUCUUAGAAUCUUGAAUAUGCAAUCAAAUAAGUUUACAGGAAAGAUUCCGCUCCAACUUUGUCAACUAAACACGCUUCAACACUUAAACUUGGCACAUAACAAGAUAUUUGGGACGAUUCCUCUUUGCUUUAAAAAUUUAAGUGGCAUGAUCAUGGAUGAGGAAGACAUCUACAACAGUGGAACAGGAAACUAUGAAGAAAAUAUUUUGGCUUCGACGAAGGGAAUUCAGUUGAUGUACACGACAACGUUACAAUAUCUUACAUCCUUAGACCUCUCAAGCAACAACAUUAGUGGGGAAAUUCCAGAUGUUUUGAUGGAUCUUGUGGGAUUGAAGAAUUUGAAUCUUUCUCGAAACUUGCUACAAGGACAAAUCCCAACAAAGAUCGGAAAUCUAAAGAAAAUAGAAUCAUUAGAUUUGUCAUUGAACAGCUUGAGUGGUCCAAUUCCUCCUACUUUGACAAACUUGAACUUUCUAAGUGCCUUGAACCUGUCGUUCAACAACUUAUCUGGUGCAAUCCCGGUUGGGAAUCAGAUCCAGACUCUAGACGAUCCAUCUAUAUACGAAGGAAACAACGGGCUAUGUGGGCCACCAGUAUCAAGGAGAUGCAAAGAAAAUGAUGCAACCGAUGUGGUUGGAGACGAUAAAGGUCAUGAUGAUACUCCAGACUUGUGGUUUUAUAUUGGCAUGGGCUCAGGUUUUGUUGUUGGAACCAUGGGACUAAUUGGUAGCUUAUACUUCACCAUAACUUGGAGGGUUGCUUACUUUAAUAUUCUUGAAAGUGUUUAUGAUUGGUUUAUGGUAUCAAUUCUAUUGACUUUUGGUCGCUUAAGGAGGGAAUUCUUCUAGUAAGGUACCCUUGUACUAUGGAAGUGUUUGAUGAUCGGGUCGGUCAAAGAUGAUAAAGUUUUGUGGUUACAAAAUAAAGAUAAUAAAGGUACACUGCAACCAUGUUUCGAAGAUUUUAGGAGGCUGCAUUUCAUAGACGAAAAUAGGUUGCAUAUGUUGUUUUAAUUCUGUAUUUUCAAGCAAUUUGAUCUCAGUUUUGUUUGUAACAGAGUUAUGUGCUCCAUAGCAUUAUAAAUUACAAAAGGGGUUAAAAGGAGCUUUACAAAUUACAA